ACUUCUUGCGGGAGCAGUCAGGUUGGAUGCAGUGGGCGCUCCGUGGGGAAAACGCCCACACCGUGAAGUGAUUCAUGCCACACGGAAAUGUGCUGGCACCCCAAAGUGGAGCUCAUUUCUUCCUGCUCAGGACUGCCUGCGCUCGCUGAUCGCCGCAUCGGCGGGUUGACGGGGAUCUCCGGUGCCAGCGCGCGUCCGCCCGCCGGGGUCUCUUCCCCUGCAGAGGCAGCAGUGACGGGGUCCUGAACGCUCCCCGGGGCGGAGGAGUUAUUUCUGGGAGCCCCUCUGCGUGCGGAGGAGUGAAGUGGAGCGGUUUGGGGAUUUUAGGAUUUGAUGAAUCCACCUGGGUUUUUGGAUCGCUACUUCAGGCAAAACUUUGCAAUGAUGUGAACAUUUUAUCCAAGGAUGCGCCGACAUCACAGAGGAUGCAGCUGAACACGCGUUUUAACAGCAUUUCUACCUAAAUAUCAGGGUUGAAAGCAGACCGACGAACUAUGAACUUUAUUUUAUGGAUCUUAAACUUUUUAAUUCAUUGGACUUGGAUUGACGCACAGAUGGGGUUCGGCGGUCCUCUCUCUGCACAGGAGCAGAUGUUCAUCCUGUAUGAAGUCAAAAUGCAGUGCUAUCAGAACCUGUCCAACAUGGAAUCAACAAACGCAGAUGAGGUUUGCCCUCCGGACUGGGACGGUCUCAUCUGUUGGCCCCACGGCUCCCCCGGGCAGAUUACCAAGGUUCCCUGCCCGUCUUACAUCUAUGACUUCAAUCACAAAGGACACGCUUACAGGAAGUGUGAAGUCAACGGCUCCUGGGUGUUUGUGGAGCAGUGGAACAAAACGUGGACCAACUACUCAGAGUGUCUACGCUUCCUCCAGCCCCUUAGUGAUGAGGAAGCCAGACAAGACUUCUUUGAGCGGCUGUAUGUCAUGUACACCACCGGCUACGCCGUUUCCUUCAGCUCUCUGCUAGUGGCCAUCAUGAUCAUUGGAUACUUCAGGCGUCUUCACUGCACGAGGAACUACAUCCACAUGCACCUGUUUGUUUCCUUCAUGCUACGGGCUGUCAGCAUUUUUGUGAAGGACAAAGUUGUCUAUUCAAGUGCCGGGUUGCAGGACUUUGACUCGGCGCUGAUGGAUAACCUGAAAACAGUGAGCAUUGCAUCACUCGACACGUCACAGUAUAUCGGCUGCAAGCUGACCGUGCUGCUCUUCAUCUACUUUCUGGCCACCAAUUACUACUGGAUCCUGGUGGAAGGCCUCUACCUGCACAGCCUCAUCUUCAUGGCGUUCCGCUCAGACUCCAAAUACCUCUGGGGAUUCAUACUCAUCGGAUGGGGGGUUCCUGCUGUUUUCGUCGCAAUCUGGGCGAUCGUCAGGGCAACGCUGGCAGAUGCAAGGUGCUGGGAGUUAAGUGCUGGUAACAUUAAGUGGAUUUACCAGGUACCCAUCUUGACAGCAAUUGGGCUCAACUUUAUUCUGUUUGUGAACAUCGUGCGAGUGCUGGCCACAAAGAUUCGAGAGACAAACGCAGGCAGAUAUGACACCAGGAAACAGUACAGAAAAUUGGCAAAGUCCACCCUUGUGCUGGUACUAGUGUUUGGCAUCCACUACAUUAUCUUCGUUGGAAUGCCUCAUACAUUCGAAGGACCGAGCUGGGAGAUCCGCAUGUAUUUUGAACUAUUCUUCAACUCCUUUCAGGGCUUCUUUGUGUCCAUUAUCUAUUGCUAUUGCAACGGAGAGGUUCAGACAGAAAUAAAGAAAACGUGGACGCGCUGGAACCUGGCCUUCGAGUGGGAGGGCCCAGUGGUUUGCGGCCGCUACCGUUACGGCUCUGUGGUUGUAGGUUUCAACAACAACAGCACCAGCAGUCAGUCUCACCUGGCCGGCGGAGGCCUUUCCACACGCUCCACCACACUCGCUUCGAGUCGGGCCUAUCGAAGCACCGGCGCCCCCUCGAUCAACGUGCACGCCACCCUCCCUGGCUAUGUGAUGACGAACUCAGACCCUUCCAUACCCGAAGAGCUUGAGGACAGCGGCCCCAAAAGAGUGGACGACAUCUCACUGAAGGAAAACCUGCCUGUGCUGAAUACAAGUGCAACAGCUGAAGAUGAAGAGGAAACGUUGUAGCAAGCAAACAAUGUAAAGCGACUGAUUAAAAUGCCUGCAGUUGGAGCCGUGCAAACCGUUACUGUCUUGUUUAAUUUAAAUUCUAAUGAGGGUAGCUAACACAAAUCAAAACUAAAAUGGAAGAAGUGUUGUGAACUCCAUACGGAUGAGUCAAUAUGGAAGAAGAUUAACACUUAUUCAUGGCACUGAUCAUGAAAAACCUUUUAUAUGGCUAAAAGGAGAGAGGAAACCUUUCUUUUUUUAUUCCUGGCUCAACAAGACACUCAAAAAAAUAUCAUUGGACCCAAGCUGUGACCCCGGUGCAGGUAUCAACACCAAGCAUAUGUAUUUAUGUAUUUUGUACAUGUUUCACUUUGUUUUAGUUAAUAUCCACAUGUAACAGCUCAUGUUGUACUGGUAUUAAGGGCUUUUGGGGCUGUUUUAGGCAGAUGGUGUGUGAAGACAGUUUCUAGAAGGAUACCGGCAUCUAUUGUGUUGGCAUGUAGUAAAAAUAAUACAAAUCAGAGGCUUCAGAUAACAAAAGAGCCCUUUUUUUUCCUCAUGAGCUUAACUCCAUUUAUUCAACUGCCUCUGGAGGCCACUCACUAGAUGUGUCUAUAACAAAAGCAAGCUGUUGCAUACAAGUACUGAAUUUAGGAACAUUUAUAUUAAAGGGUUUGUAAGUUCCUUCUUUUUCUUGCUGCUAACUGGUGUGCACCCUUAGUUAGAACCACAUCGGAGACUAAAGCGAAGCUCCAAUCAAAAGAAGCACACAGAAUAUUGUUUACAUAAAAAAGGGUGUUUUGUGACAACACUAGUAGCAUUACAGAUGUAAAAGCAAGCUAUUGUGUGGAAUGUUGUGUUGAUUAAACUUUGUUUUUUGCACAGAACUGUCCGUAAUUCUAAAAAUGUCCCAAGAUUCAGUCUAUGCUGAUCCAUAAUCUCAAUUCAAUUCAGAAUGAGUUUCAUUUUUUCAUGAGUAUUUUGUGUAAAGCGCUGACCUGGUGUUUUCUGAGGCAUUAUUUUACAGCUGGGUUCUGAGAAGCCUCUACAUACAGCAUCUUAUAUGUAUGUUGUGUUUUUCCUGUUUCAUUAUAGGACCUAGUUUCAUCUCUGUCAAAUUCAUGUGAAAGAAGCUUGAGCUUUAACAAUAAUAUGUCCAUAAGAAAAGAUAAGUUUUGCUCGGUUACAGCAUAUUUCAGCAGACAAAUGUCAUAUCAGCAAGUUGAAGAAAUUGAAUCUACAUUGAUUUUUGGAUGUGCUGCAUCAAUGCACUAUAAAAUAAAACAAACACAGCAACUCCUAAGCUGGUUGCACUGUUUCCUACCAUUUCCAAUAUCAAAUGGCGUACUGUUUUGCAGGUCCACCUCUUGAGGAAAUCAAAGGGGGGAUUGUAAAAGUCCUACCACAUCUUUGAGGUAUGUGUAUGAACGUUGAUAUACUCAUGUUCUAAACGGUAAACGUGUGUUGGGAUCAGGAUUAUAGAAUUCAGUGUUCUGCUGCAUAAGGGUGGGGAUGUCAUGUUUGCCGGGAUUUAUUUUUAAGUUCACAUUUAGGGUUAAACUGACAUAAGAAAAUCCAAUGCUCCUCAAGUCCCCCAAAGUGAUAAUUAUAAGCCUAAUGUAUCAGAAGAUAGGUCCAGGUCAGUUUCACUUUUAGUUUCAAGCAUGCUGCAUGCUGAGGUGAGUGAAUUGGUGAAGACAGCAGAGUGUAAUGAAGUAAUAUAAUUACUGGGUCAUUGCUUGGAUAUUUGAGUUACAAUUGGAUUGAGUCUGUAGCAGUGUUAAUACAUGGCACAUGGCAUGUGGAGCACAUGCAGCUGAAGCUUUUUGACAUAUAUAAUUAGUCUGUUGUAGUCUGGUUUAUCUUUUAGUCAGAUCGUAUGUUGUAAGCAGUUAAGGAGCUUUAAAAGAGUGAUAAUUUCCCAUGGAACUGUGUUUCCCUAUGCCAUUCAAAGAAAAGGCAGAUCUGAAGUUGCAUGAUAGGUGUUGGGUUAGGGUUUGGGUUACAAUUUUUAAAUUGUAAUUAAGGAUUAAUUGUAAUUAAUGUAAAAUCGUGUUAUGGCUUUGUAAGUUUUUGGAAGAAAUGGCCCAGACCAAAGACAAAAAAAUAAUUAUUCAAACAAUCAAAGUAGAGCAGUUGUUGUAUGAGGUAUUAUCCUUGGUUUAUUGUUGUAUGUUUAUAAUCAUUUUCAAAAAGAUGAGUUUGAUUGAUAGUCUCCAUAGUGUUGAACAUAGUGUAAACAUGGACACUCGCACCAAAGUCAUUGUUAAAUGUACCAGUACAGCCGACUUGAGUCUCAGAAUGCGUUUUAAAGUCACAUUUUAUUGCAAAAUCUUUUUUUGAACAAAAACUGUUCAACUGACCAUGAAACAUUAAACAACAAAAGAUGAUGAUUCAUCACUGGUCCUUUAGCUACUAUAGCCACAGUUGUGAAAUCAAUUACAAUGACAAUUACACUGUUCUACGUAUAUAAACAGCACUGAAAAAUCAGGUGUUAUGAAUGCUGAAAAGUAGUAGGUGUACAACAGAUUAAAUGUUGUAAAAAUAAUAGAGACACGCUAAAAACAGUCAAAAAACUAAAGUUUUACUCAAUUUUGCUGUGAGUAGCAGCCACUGUGAAUGCAGAAGUCAGCUUAUGAUCCUGUUGCACCGACGUUUCAACUUGUAAUCCCGACAUUAAUGCCCAUUCCAGUUGAAAUUCCGACUACAAAUGGAACGCAGCAUAAAGGCUCCCACAUGUUCAGGCGAACUGUGCGCAUCCUGUGAGCUGCAUGAACUCUGCGCUGACUCUCCACAGAUGUUCCACCCUUCAUAGUCAAGAGUACUGUUGCCUACAUUUCUUGUGGCAAAUUCCCACAAUUCCCAAACUUUCUGCCAGCGGGAUACAGUGACAGAACAGAUGGUAAAAUGUGUGAUUAGCU